AUGUCGGUACACUCCUCUCACCCCCCUCCCUCUCACACCACCCACAACCUUUCCUCCUCCUCAUACACUACCCUUUCCAACCACACCACCCACCCUCCCCCCUCCCAACCCCCAAAACACCGCCGCGCAAAACGCACAGAAGACGAACGCAUAUCCUACCUCCACUCAGACCCCUACAUCAUAGUAUUCGAAGCACACAGAGUCCUUUGCGCGUUAUGCCGUAAAUGGAUUAGGCUAAGACCGAAUUCGACGUAUUGUAGUAUUCCGUGGGAUAAGCAUAGGACGAGUUGUUUUAGUAAGAAGUUGACGACACAUCUUCAACAUCUGACGGUCAAUAAUGUCUCGAACGUACCACCUCAAACGGGAUAUCCACCCCGUCUCGCCGCGCAUUCCUCUCUCAUCUCUCCCCUCAACUCCAACUCGCAUACCAACUCUUCACUCAAGUCACUGACCGGAGGCCCAACCCCUACUGCGACUAGUUCGAAGUCGAAGGUUCAUGCGAAUGAGAAUGGGACGAUAGGUAAUGGGAAUGGGAUGGUUGGGACGGAGAUUCAUAUGUCUAGGGAUGUUGUAGAGCGUGGACGGGAUCGACACGUAGAUCUCCAGGACGACAACGACAACGACGCCGCAAUCUUACCAGGUUCAUGUCCACCCACCGCCCCAGUAUCAUCUUCACACUCAGCACCCAUCGAAAAAGCGAUAUCCCGCGCUUUAGCCAACUUGAACUUACGUCUUCCGCUGAGUAACGAAGAGAGGGAUGGGUUGUUUUCGGGGGAUGGGGAUGUUAGGAAGUGGGGUUGGGAUGGAAGUGAGGGUGAGGGCGAGGAGAAGGGGAGGGUGGGGGUUUUGUGUGGGAUAUGUGGGGUUUGGGUUGAUGUUGGGUGUGCUUUUGGGCGGGCGAACGUAGGGAAGAGGGGAGAGAAAGGGGUGAAGGAGAAGAGAGUGAAGGAGGAGGAAGGACGAGAGGAGGGCGGCAUGGACGUCGAAGUAGCGGAGGGUGAGGAAGACUCGAAAGAGGGCAAGGACGCGAAAGAGGGGGCUAAGGAUGCGAUGGAUGUUGAACAGGACGGUAAGGGCGAGCCGGAGGGGGAAAGAGAGGAAGAACGGGAACUAGAGUUGGCGGUAGAGCCCCGCCUAUACCCACACCAGCCCCUCCAAUCCCACCCUUCCCACUCUACCAACCCCGCUCAACGUCCAACAUCUUCACACUCCUCUCGCCCCUCAACCCAACAAUCUGGCUUUUCAUCCUUCUCUGCUGCUCCCUCCACUUCGAGCUCUACUACCACGACGACACGUCAGAGGCGUACGACGCUCUCAGUAAAUUGCAAUGAGGAGAAUGGGGAUGGGGAGUCGCCGAUUUCUGGGAACGCUAAUUGGGGAUAUCCUACCCAUACCUCGAAUGCGCAUGAAUAUGCGUAUAAUCCCAACCAUCCUCAUUCUCAUCACUCGUCUUCCCAUCUCAACUCGCAACAACAACACCAACACCAACACUCCAACGCGAACCAUACCAAUGGUACGGAUACCACUCACCCCUCCGCCCCCUCGCAUGAAUUCCGUAGACGCGAUGCCGAACAACGUGCUUCGACGCUGCGUUCCGAUGAACUUAUUAGGAAAGUCGAGCCCCAUCGCGUGUUUUGUAACUUGUGUGAGAAGUGGGUGCAGCUAAAGCGGCAUAGCCCGUAUUGUGCGUACCCUUGGCGUCAGCAUCGGGAGAAGUGUAUAGCGAGGCAUCAACGACGGAUGGAGAAGGAGGCUGCUAUCGCCAAUAUGCGUGCUCGUCGUCCUCGAGCUUCGGGCCGCAGUAUGGGCAUGAGUAUGGGGAACGAUAUGGGUAUGGGGCAGGAGUUGGGUCUUGAUGCUGAUGGAGAUGCUGAUGCCAAUGGGGAAGUCGAUGCGGACGGGGACGUCGAUACGUCCGUGCCUAUGACCAAUGGAUCUCAAGGAGGACGAGGAGGAACGGGAGGAGGAGGGGAUAGAAGUAGAGAUGAGGACGAAGAUGGAGAGGGGGAUGCGGAUGAUUUGGAUUUGGAGAGUGAGGAAGGUGUGGAAGGAGGGAGUGGGGAUGAACAUGGGAGAAGGAGGAAGAGGAGAAGGAUGAGUAAUGGGUUGGGCGUUGGGGUUGGUGCGAAUGGCAUUGCGAGAGGCGCAAAUGGGAAACAUGUUUCGGGACAUCCUCUUGGUGGGACGAGAGGGGUAGGGAUGUAUGGGAAUGGGAAUGGGAACGGGAAUGGGAGUAUGAAUGGUGGUGGUGGGCCGAUGAUGAUUGACGAGUUGGGCGCUGAAGGUGAAGACGACGUCGAUGCUGAGGGGGAGCCAUACUCGGAGGACCAGAUCGUUAGGACGUAUUCGCCUUUGCAUUACGCACACCAACAACAGCAUCAACACCAGCAACAGCAACAACAACGGCAGCAGUAUAAUCGUCGGCAAGGAGGUCAAGGAGGUCAAGGUCAAGGUAUGAUGAGGAUGGGUUCGGGGAGAGGAAGUAUGGGAGGUUAUUCGAGAUGGGGAGGUCAACCUGUUGCGUUGGCUGAUUUGGAUAGUUUGCCUGGUCGCCGCAACUUCAUCUUCCUCGCUAUCGACCAUCUCUUCUGCACGACAUAUGAGAACUCGGAUGAUAUGACCAUCUCGUCUCUCCUGAUUUACCUCAACGCGGCCAUGCCACCUGACAAACACGAGGACUUUGAUACUCCGGAAGUCGUGAAGGCGGUCGCUGUGUUCAAGGAGAAGGGUAAAGUCAUAUUUGAGGGAGAUACGUUGAGAUUGGUGGAUUGA